CCAGAUGAGUCGAAUUUUAUUAACGGAUUUUCCCCGACCCGGUGUGGGUUUUAUCUGGACACUGAAGUUGAACUUUGUUUCAUCGUAGUUCUCACAUAUUCGGUACACAAUUAGUAAUUGAUAGUGCCUCUGGAGACAAAGGGAAUGGCUUUGGAUCAAUUCAGUGAUGUGGUGCAGAGAUGUCAAGCCCUGCCAUGUGACAGCUACACCACCGAAGAUCACUCCAUCUUUCUGACCGCUGGUCGGUCAUGCAUCGAGGAGGGAAACUCUGCUCAAGUGCUCAGUAUUGUCUUGGAUGACACAAAUCAGGAGAUUGUGAGAUGUAUGGGGUGGAACCUGCUGCCUCCUCUGAUUCAAGUUCUAUUGAAGAAGGACGACAAGAACGUUCUUCACUGUCUGGCCAUUUUCAAUCACCUAAUUGAGACGUGCAGACCUAAAGAGUUGCUGAUCGGCCUGUUGGAGCAGUUGGAGCAGGAGGAGCCCGUCGCCAUAGCAGAGAGCCUCCGUUUGCUGUUGAAACCUUUGCAGAAAGUGCUGCUGCGCCUGGGCAAUCGUAAGGCGUCGUCUUUGGGCAUGGCCUUGUCCUCCGCUUUGGACCAGGUGGCCAAACUGCCCGUCCCUCAAACCAAAGAGCAGGAGGAGGACAACACUUUCCCGCUCUGUCGUUGCUGCUAUGACCUGACUGCCUUUGUCAAGCCCUUUGUCCAAGAAGCCAAACGGGAGUUCUGCAACGGUGACGGCAAGCCAAGCGAAAGCUCCAAAAAGUUGACCGGAUUCGACCGAGUGGAUCAAGAGGAGCUGAGGACAGAACUUGUCAAAUUCUGCAUGAGCACUUUGAGUCGUCCUCUUCUGGAGGUGCAACUGAAAGAUUCCGACGCUUCGUCUCCUCUGAGGGAUUUUGCAACAGAGAUUUUGAACAACCUCGCCGCUAUCGGAGAGUCUACGCCGAGUCUGGUGUAUCGGCCUCUAUGCAAGAGGAAAGAGGUGGCAGGCUUUUUAGAGGAGGAGGUGCGCUAUCCCAAAGAGUCGCAAGCCAGCCUGGCUCACCUGGUGUUUGUUCACCACCUCGCCGCCAACACCUUCCCCUACGUCUUCAAUCCCAUGUUCAGCCUUCGGUGUAAUAUGGAUCAUGUCGACCUCCUGCUGUCCAGAAGUGAAGAGUUUCGGAUCCAGAAAGGACUAGAGCUUUAUGAAAAUAGUCUUGUGCGUGUGGAGGAUAACAGUUUGCCUACAGAACUACUGGAAAUCAAAACCUUCCGCACUGUGCCUCAGAACUUAACCAAGGUCAUGACCAUAUGUCCAAAACAUGAGUUGAGAUGCAAAGGUUUGAAGGUGUUCCAGCUAAGCCUUGAGAAGUUUAAUCUUGAAGCCAAGUACGAUUUCUUCAAGUACAUGCUGAAAACGAGCAAUCACUCCGGAGUAGAAGGCUACAUCAUCAAAAACAUCCGAAGUCAGAUCGAUGCGGCCUUGCGGCCCGGGAACAGUAACAUUUGGUUUGAGGGUUUUCGCUUGAUGCCCCUGCUGUGGUUGGUCUUCACUCUCCCAGACGGCCCUGAGACUGACCUUCUGCAGUACCUGGACAGACUCAUGGAGGCUCUGAACUUGCUGCGUUACCUCGUCAUAAGAGAUAAAGUGACAGAGGACAAGACGGGGAUCUGGACAGCGCUGUCUAAAAUAGAAGAUGUGUUCUUGAAGCCCCUUCGUGUUGGGAUUAACAUGUCGAGAGCUCACUACGAGAGGGAGCUCAGCACCACCGUGGAGAACAACAAGAGAAAUGUCAAAGACACGUCUGUGAUUUCCUUGUCCGUUGGUGAUGAGAAGCUGCCAAAUAUGUCCUCCGAGUCUCAGGUUGAGGCCCUCCAUUCGGCCCUGCACACCUUUGACAUGAUGGAGAGCGUACUGGUGCGAAUAGAGGAGCUCACGGAGGUGAAGAGCUCCAUCUAAACUUUAGCAUCACUUUCACAAUGAAACAUUGAUGUAUAAUUCAGUGCGCUUACACUUGUUUUCUACAAAUAAAUUAUGGUCAUUUGGAACAA